CCACCUGGCAAACAGCUGGUAAAUGCAAAACAAACUGACGACCAGAAGUUCGUUUGAUAAGGGCGAUCAUUGGGGGCAGUUGAGUGGAUUUAACGCAUCGACUCGCACAUUUUGCAGCAUUUAGAGGCCAUUACCAACAAACAUUCACCAAAUUGGCCAUGGCAACACAUUUGCUACGAAAUGGCAGCACAUUUUGGCUGCUCAAAAAUUGCCAACGCUCGAUGCCAUUCACUGUGUCGCGGUGCCUGCAUUGGACGCCUCGCUUGGAGAAGAAGAUCGCCUUCAAUUUGAGCGACAUUGGCGAGGGCAUACGCGAGGUGACCGUCAAGGAGUGGUUCGUUAAGGUGGGCGACACCGUCGAGCAGUUCGACAAUCUGUGCGAGGUGCAGUCGGACAAGGCAUCGGUGACCAUCACCAGUCGCUACGAUGGCAAGAUUACGCGCAUCUACCACAACAUCGAUGAGCUGGCUCUGGUGGGCAAACCGCUGCUCGAGUUCGAGGUGGCGGAUGCGGAGGAGGAAGAAGAUGAUGGCAGCAGCAGUAGCAGCAGCAGCAGCAGCAGCAGCGGGAGCGAUAGUGAUGCGCAGCCCAGCCCAGCAGCAGCAGCUGGCGGUUUGUCAAUUGGUCGCCAUAUAACACCCGCCACACCCGCCGUCCGUCGCCUGGCCAAGGAGCAUAAAGUGAAUCUGGCCAAGGUGCCGGCCACAGGCAAAAAUGGACGUGUGCUCAAGGGCGAUGUGCUCGAGUAUUUGGGUCAAGUGCCGCCCGGCACCAAUGUGCCCCAUCCCAGCAACACGCAAGCCAAGCUGGCUCCAGCCGCCACUCCGCCCGUGACGGCGCCAGCGGAUCGUGUGGAGCAGCUCAAGGGCGUGCGCAAGGCCAUGCUCAAGUCGAUGACGGAAUCACUCAAAAUUCCACAUUUUGCGUACAGCGAUGAGAUCGACAUGUCGAAUCUGGUCAAGUUCCGGAGCCAACUGCAAGCCUCUGCUCAGGAGCAGGGCGUGCCCAAGCUAACCUUUAUGCCGUUCUGCAUUAAGGCCGCCAGCAUUGCCCUGACCAAGUAUCCGAUUGUGAAUAGCUCGCUGGAUUUGGCUAGCGAGUCGAUCAUCUAUAAGGGCGCCCACAACAUUAGCGUUGCGAUCGAUACGCCCCAGGGCCUGGUGGUGCCCAACAUCAAGAACUGUCAGGCGAAGAGCAUCAUUCAGAUAGCCAAGGAUCUGAAUGAGCUCGUCGAGCGCGGGCGCACUGGCUCCCUGGGCCCCGCGGACUUUGCCGACGGCACCUUCUCGUUGUCCAACAUUGGCAUCGUGGGUGGCACGUAUACACAUCCCUGCAUAAUGGCGCCCCAGGUGGCCAUUGGUGCCAUGGGACGUACGAAGGCGGUGCCGCGCUUCAAUGACAAGGACGAGAUUGUCAAGGCACACAUCAUGAGUGUUAGCUGGUCGGCGGAUCAUCGUGUCAUCGAUGGCGUCACUAUGGCCAGUUUUUCCAAUGUCUGGAAGCAGCACCUGGAACAUCCGGCGCUCUUUUUGCUCUACUAAGCCAGGCUGCGAAGCUUCCAGCGAUCAACCGUUAAGGCUGUUCUCUUGCAUUUAUUUACAAAACAGAAAGAUAGAAA